UUAAGGUUGAAGAAGGCGGUUCAGUUAAUCAACAGCCUAGACACUGCUAGGUUUCCUCUUUUGCUGAGUAGAAUUGUACAAAAACUUCAUUUAAGGGUAUGGUUAAUUUGUUUCUUUUAUUUUUUCAUAUUUUUGUUCGUAACUUCCUAUAAAGGACAUCACUUUUGUUUGCCUGUAGGCGAUAUAUUAGAACCCUUAUAUUAUCAAAAAGGCAUCAAAAUGCUUAUGUGCUGAUUUAAUUUUUGAUUAUUGUCUUUCCAGGAUGAAAGAGCAUUUUCAAAAGAUGAAGAGGAAAAACUUCAAGCAGCUUUAGGACUUGAAUCUGAUGACCUUUACAUUGUAUUAGAAACAUGUACAUUCAUUUUAGAGCAGGUAAAUUAAGAAUUGUGAUCAUAAUCCAUAGGAUAAAGGAAAUAUGAAAAGAAAAAACAAACAAGGAGGACUCAGAAUUUACAGCUGUAUAUAGAGAAGCAGAAAUUGAGAAAUUUGGGAAACUGAAAAAAAUUUGAUUCUAUCUGGAAUGUUUGAGGGUUAUUGCAUGGUUUAUUACUUUUUUUUCCAGGUCAGUCUCCCAGGGACUGGUUUUUUAAUAGGAGUAAAUAGAUUGAACUCUUGAUGGAGUAGAAGUAGAAAUGGUAAUUAUAAAGCACCCACCGUAGACUAUAGGCUUGCUAAGCCCCACAUUGAGGGGUCGGGGAUGUGCCAGUGAGGUUCUUUCUUUUUUUCUUCUCACACUCCACAUUCGUUUUUGCACUUUGCAUGCUUGGCGUUCCAGAUUAUUGCUCCUUAGAAUCCUACGUAGAUGAUUCCAAAUUAUAUCUAUCAUUCCCAGUCAAAGACAUCGACAGUGCAGCUCCACAAAUAACCGAAGACCUGAAGAAAUUUGCCUUGUUGUGCUGUCAAAAUACCGUAAAAUAGGUGGUAAAUUGAUAGUAGUCUGUAGAAUACGUUAUACAUGUCACAGAGUCCCAGUCAAUUUGAUGUUUCGUCUUUAAACGAAACAACGUCUUACUUUAGAAAGCUGGUUUACUAACUUAGAACAAACACCACUGAAUCGUAGCCAACAGUUACCAGCGCCGUACAAACGACUUAUUGACGAGAUCAAGCAAAACUAACUACGAGAGAACGACUGUAGAACUGACCAUUUGACUAACAAUAGACGACUGUUUAUCUGUGACAGUAGACGGAUCGAAACGCACCCAUUACUGAUUACGAGUCUUCACAGCUAACAACAUCACGGCUUAACUGACAGACGACCAAAAACAUCGCGACGUAAUUGACCAAUCAGAUCAAUAACCAGAGUAUAAUACCAUCAACUGACGCGAUACAACUCACUUUGACUCUGAAGAUGACUACCGCACAGGUUGUCGAAACGUCAGUCACUGUCAACAACAACAGUCCUAUUCAGGACUACGUUCACCCGGACGAUCAAACUCAACCUACUGUUGAAAUGACUCCUGGGUUCAAACCUUUAACAGUUUCUGUGCUUUUGCUUAGUUUUUUUAGUGUCAUUGAAGAUUCACUUCCUGUCCUCUGAGAAAAAUAGCCAGAUAGCUCUAAAGCAAAACUUGCAUCCUGCUUGGAUUCUCUGCUAAAAGCUUAAGCAGAGGAAACUGAAGAAGACACUUAGUUUCAGGACGACAAACAAGACAAGAACUGAAGUUACUAAACAAACGACCGUACACGAUGUCUGUUCGUAGUGAUCGGUUAGCAACUCUUCAAAACUGCCUGAUCUACAGAGAGCUGAAUCUUACAUUGCUUGGACUUGUUCGGUUACUUUAACGGGUCCAAAAUCUUUCCUUCGAAUAAGAUUAAACCUUGGGCUUGUUGCGUUCGCAGAACGCCAUCCUAAAUUAGUAGCCAGAAAAAAUCGAGAUUUUUCGCGACGGACUUCCAAAUAGCCUGGCCUCUUGAAAGAACGUAGCUGUCCUUGGUACGAACGAUACAAAACACAUGACUCAUUUUUCGACCAAUACGAGAUGACUGUUGGUCCACAUGACUUGUAACAUACAAUGGAAACUUUCAGAAUGUUUCUUGAUCUGUUUGCCUUUUAAGCUCGAUUCAAGGUUUUCCUGAUGCUAGCGAAGGCGAGAAAAUCAAGUUUUAACUCGAACAUAGCGGAAUUUUGUUCUGUUACUUUUGUUUGUUUGUUUGUUUUUAUGGCGCCUUAAAUUACUUGGAUAUAUUUCGAAUUCAGGCAUAUGCGAUUAAGUGCGUUAAUUGAGCAAAUUUUUGGUGUACACGGCGUACAAGUAAUGCUCCUUCGACUUUCGACUUUCGUUUAGUUAUUUUAACAAAUUAAGUUUCAUGAAUUGUAGUGUGGAUCUUUCAACUUUAAGUCACAUAAAAACCGCAUGCAGCGUUCAAGUUAAAUAAUUAUUGCUCGAGGCUUUCCCGGUAGCACUGCACUUUAUUUUUUUUAAGUAAUGAUUUAGAAAGCUAAAAAGGAAGCUUUUAUCCUUCCAAUUGACUUCAUUAGAGAGCUUAAGCAAAGUCAAACAAAUUCAAGCAAGUUUUGAACGAGCAAAACGUUACUCUGCACAUGCACAAUGCACGCUUUUCUGUCGGAUUUUUGUUUUCGUCGCUGCAUGACUAAAAAUCUUCUUAUAUUUUAUUACUGCAAAUGAAAUUAUCCGAUUAUUGCCAAUAAAUCUAAAUCCUGCAGCUGAAGAAACUAACACUUGGGUCAGCUAACAACUAAUUUCAUUUUGUUGUAAACUGAUGCGCAAUAUAAUUAUGCAACACAUAUUGUUCUAUAGCAACCUUUUCACAAUAAAAUUGUUUUUUAACAAUAUGUUAAUCAUUGCCGUCAUCAUCACCUUUUUUUUCUCCCUGGAUACUUACUCAUAGGAGCCUGUAAAAAUCUAUGGUCUGCCCGAAAAUAAUUCACUUCGCAUAUCGAACGCACUCUUUAAUCUAUGAUUACCCCUAGUUUACGACUUUCUACAGCCCUAAAAUGACUCCUUUUUUAAAUACAAUAACAUCCUAAUUUAUGCAGGGAAGUGGCGUGACUCAACCUGUCAAAUUUUAUCCUGAUCCACGCCCAUGUCAUCAUUUGUGGACUAGGUCAAGUUAAGCAAGCUGGGUUAGUUGAUACUGAACUGUCAAACACAGUCUCUAUAUUUAAGAUCUUUAGAGGCUGGCAUCUCUAAGUAUGCCUUAAGGAUGAUUGAAGUAGAAUGAACGGCUUGGAAACUAAAAUUUGAUAGCAUUUUGUUUUGAAUAAGGGUAUGGGCAUGAUUUUCAGUUGAACAUGCCUAGCGAGCGUAAAAAUCGCAUCCAGUCUGAGGAUUAAUGAGAGAGGGAAAAUUUUAUACAUUUAGGCAUGACAAAAUUCAAGGGAACAUUGAUACUUAGAAAUAACAUCUCAUAGGCAUGGAAAAAAUGGGUUCAUGCCCUCGCAGCCCAAAAUUGACCCAGCUAAACUUAGGUCCCAGCUCUCUCGCCGGGUUGAUAAUUCAUUCCCAGUUUUCGCUUCUCUGGUUUGGCAUGCCGGGCAUGCCGAUGGUGAAGCCACUUGGUUUGGCAUGCCCGGCAUGCCAGGCAAGAAAUUGGCAUGCCCAGCGAGACUGAUUUUGAUUUUCGCUUCAGCAUCAUAUCCUGCGAAUCACAUGUAAUCGCCAAAUAUAUCUUAAGGAGCUUGAAGUUACAGAUUACAGAUUGCAGAUUAUAACAAAAAAAGUCAUGUUUGUCACAAUGUGUGUCACGGGAUCGACUGGCAAAACUGAAGACGGAAGCCUGGAUUUAUAAAUAAAAAGCACAACAAAACAACAUUAUUCAUGCAUAAAAUAGAAUACUUAACUUGCAAUCAAAGAUUAAUCCUUUUAUUUCAAACCGAUACUGACAUUUCUGGGUCCAGAUUUAAAUUUGAUCGCGGAAAAGCGUCUUAAACAAUAAGAUAACAAAUCUUCUCAGUAUAAACUUAUCCAUGCUUAAGUUUUAUCGCGUCGGAAUGUUUCCCGGUCAACAGCAUUAAAAGACUGGUGAAAAUGAAGCUUACCAGGUCGUUCAAGUCAGUACGAGAGUACGACGUUAAUACUGCAAAGACGUUCUGAUUUGGUGAAUUUGGACUGCCUUCUCAGAGAGAUUUUGCUUAGUUUUUCAGUGCGCUCCUUGUCGGCUAUGCGAAUCGCGCAAACUGUUUUACUCCUUGCUGACGUUAGUCCUUUGAGCAACGUCAUCUGCGUCAUCCGAAGAUACCCCGAGCACGCACGAAAUCGGCCGAAUUUCCGCAGAAGUGUUUUCGGAUGACGAGGAAUCUAAAGUUUGUUGAAGCGUGGCAGUUGUGGCGUCACGAUGUCGUCAUGUCUCUUCGCACUUGUUUGUCUUUUUUUUCUGCGGUGCAUGGUUGAGAUGUUGGUGAAUGCUGGACAAGAAAUGGAUUCUGCGAGAGACUGUAAGUACAAAUUUAGUAUUAAUUUGGUAAAGAAAAAGCCUGAAUAUCGAACAAAUCCCGUGAGUUAGCCUUUUGGCAUUCAGUUUAUCUUGCCUGUUGAGCAUGCCUAAGAACUCCGGCAUAAGUGGUUGUCAACUCGUUCACUUCGAAUUGUUUCUGUUUGUAUGUCUUGUAAUCUUCUUCUGCUGCUAAGAAGACUAGAGAAAACUUCAAAAAUAAGAAACCAAAGCUAAAAAAAGUCAGGUCUAAUUUUAUAGCUCGAGUAUAAUUAUUUUUGGCACCUACGGUCAUAUUUUUCCACUGUUCUGGUAAAGUUACUUUAUUUUUGCUGCAUAGUUUGACUGUUGUAUGAAAGACAAUCCAACGGAUAUUACAAUCACUUUUGGAGACAAAAUAAAAUAUCCGUAAAUCAAAUGCCAAAAUCAGAUUUGGAUUUCGCUUUAAAAAAAUGAACAUGCUUCGCGUGUCAAUGCAAAGUUGUAAACAACUCGAUAUAAGCAGUCUGUGAAUGUGCGUUUAGUUCCACAAAACUAAUUUUUCUUUUGGACAUCUCAUCCAAGCAAAGACUUAAGGCUUACAUUGCUUGUCUACGAGUGUACUACAAAAUGCUUUGCUACAGUAAGCCUCUGAGAGGCGAUUCUGGUAAAUUUAUAGGACGCUAAAAUGCAAAUAAUUCUAAGCUUAAACAACCUGGCUGGGUCCGACUUUUGAAUUACAAAAUGUUCACGUUUGCCGGCUCUACUAUAAAUGAACAUGGUUUUUGAAAUGAUUUUGUACUAUUUUAACCGAAAAUUAUGAUUGGGUUAUAAAGCUUUUAAAACGGACGAAAACUAAGCUAAUAAACAUGUUCAAUGUAAAAAACUAAGAUUUAGUCGCUUUUUCAACUUUGCUUUGUGGGCCGAAAAAUUUACCUUUACGCAAAAACAAAAGCAAACAAUGAGGCUUUUAUUCGACAUAUUUUCUGAGAAUUUUGUCUGAUCAAUUUAAUGUCACUAGCAUUGUUUUCGUAUAGGAAUUUUCCUAAUUAUAUGAGCUUUUAAUUUAAUAAUUUUGAUACUCUAUAAACUUCUCAUUUGAUAACCUCACUUUUUUAUACACCGAUUGAGAAACAAAUUCGCUCUCGUUAAAUCCUAUUUUAUGACCUAUUUACUAGGGUAUCUAAAAGAUAGUAAUGCUGCGGCACAUUCUGUUGAUACUGGCAUUAGUUAGGCAGUGGGACUUAAAAGAAUCGAAAAUGACAUUGAAUGUCCUAUUUACAUGUUGGAAAGCACUAGAAUAAUUACUAUCAGUCUAUAGAAAGAACUCGUGGGAACGUUGUUUAGAAAAUGACCAAGUGGUUAUCAACUCUGGUUUUCCCACAGUAAAUUGUAGGAAAUAAUAGAAAUUCAGAUUGUUUAUCCAUAUAUUUAAUAUACGGUGUACUAUCUUUUCUCUGGAAACACGAUACUUUUCUUGCUCUUUAUUGCACUUUAUUAAGUAACAGUUAUUUAGCUAUAUUUUUAUAGAAAACAACAACACAAAAAACGGAAAGAAAAAAAGAAAGAAGGAAAAAAGGAAUUUGGUCGGACUCGAACCCGGCACCAUCGGCUUGACGCAACUACACCUAACCACUACACCACAGAGACUGGCUACGCCAUAUUGGAGAAAGUCUUUAAUUUAAUCCCUUUUCCAUGAAACCGCCGUCGGCAAGAUGAUCGCCAGCCGCAUUAAUCGAGCUAUUAACAGUGAAAAAACAGUGCAAACGCAUAUUGCAUGGCAAUGAAUGAAUGAAAGAACAUAAUUGUGCUUUUCAAAACGCCGAUACACGUCCUCGUCUGCAACGUAGGACACAAAACAUAUGUUUUGUUAUCUCGAUUUCCCCUACGGUUAUUUUGAAGCGAAUGGUCAAAAUCACAUCCAUUUUCGGCUCAUACAAGUUCUUAAGAGUAGCUUGGCAUGACAUUUUCUCACUUUCACAUCACCUUCUAGCAAGCUGGAAUUUGUAUAUCCCCCGUGUUGCGGAGUCGAAGAGCAAAUGCUCAUCUUCUCGUCAGGUUUAAUACCGGGACGAGUCAAAGGCUCUUGAAUUGAAAUCCAAUCCCCAAGUUAACCAUCGUACUCAUCUGAAAGACUCCUGCGUGUCUUAAAUUUGGUAAGACCUGUAACCGUGCUGUAGAAAAUUUGCCACGAAGAAAACUCUUAGUCUGGGCAGCGAACGAUGCGAACUUCCCCGUGUUUAUGUUUGAGUUGUUCGUGGCGCAAUGCACUCUGGUUAAAUGCAAUGCAUUGUGGUAAAAAGUGUGGUUAAAUGCAAUGCAUUGUGGUAAAAAGUGAUGAAUUCGAGAAUUCGUCGCCCCUUAUAUAUAUUUCCCUUAAAUCCUGAUUAUGUUGCUGCUCGCUCCCUGCGGUCGCUCCGCAGCAAUUAGAACACUAGGUAACAUACGAAAUGAUGUAACCGGACAGGCUUUAACCUUUGGUCCUAAUUUAUUUUUUCUUCGCAACCCCUAAUCAGUUGACGGGCCGUGAGAGAAUAUCGCCACAAAAAGAUACGAAAAAGUUUUCGCUGAGUUUCCUUUACAUAUUCCUUUACAUAUUCCGUCUUGCCUGCUUAAAAAUGAAACUGUUGUUCAAUUAAGUGUCAGUCAAACUCGGUAUGAUCUUUACUUGCAAAUCCAAAUGCAAAGGUUUAUUUCGCAAUAGAAAAGCGUGUAAACAUCAUCGAACAACGCAAUGUAAAUUGGCUAAUGUGAAACCACGUUUCUUUCACUUUAUUUACCAUGUAUUUAUCUCAAUUGCACACUCUUGUGAAAUUAGCCUCAGACAAUUAGUUGCGACCUUUAACAGACUCAACAAGCCAGUAUGAAAAUAUGUUAAGAGAAGCUGAGCUCUACAUGUUCUAUUUCUUUUUCUCAUAUUUCCUUUGCAUGUGUUAACAUUCCAUUUCUUUUUUGUUACAGGUAACUUCCAGACAUGACUAGGAGAUAAUUACUUUUCUAGAGAGCAAUUCUUUGAUACUGUCAGUUAUUACUGACUUACUUUGAGUUAAAGACAAAGAACACAGACACUGGUAAUGACACAAAAACAUUAAUCUCUGGCAAGCCUACAAACCAAGAAAGAGGAACUCAGACUCCUUAUCAAAAUGUGAAACAAGAUAAAAACAGCUUUUCUAACGUAGGAAAAAUUGCGUUAGAGAGAUUUGUAAUUGCAACGUUUUAUUCAAGCACAUUACAUUGUCAAACAUCAUAAUUUACUGAAUAAUGAACAGUGAUUUUGGGGCUUAGCUCAGUUUGUAAUGAACUUUGAAAGAUAUUCUAUAACCUUGUAUUUUUAAAAGCUUUCAUAGAACAUAGAUGCAUUUUAUUAUACAAUGAAAAUAGUCUCUGUCUCUCUUUUUACUGAUUUCAGUCAAUUCCAUUUCAUUCGCAAUGUGAAGUGGGAAUCCUAUUAAAGACUCAUUAAAAGGGGUGAGGAGUUUUUAGCAUCCCCCAACAGGUCAUCUCCACGAUGACGCUGUUUUAUUACUUCGGCAGAAUCCCUCAGGGUUUUACUUUCUUGUGAAAAUUAGAGCUUUUGUUAUUUAAACUUCGCUGGGACAACCAAAUCUAUGAAAAUGAAAGGAAUAGCAAUGACGUCAUAAGCACUGUGAUCUGUUUAGUUUUUUUUUUUUAAAGCCACGCUUAAAAUAUCUGUAGAUUCAAGGAAUUAUAACCUGUGCGUUGAGAGCAUGCCAGAGACCGAUUUUGGCAUGCCCGGCAUGACCCAGAUUAUGGCACGCCCGGCAUUCCAGAGAAUUUGGCAUGCCGGGCAUGUCAGAAAAUUUGGCAUGCCCGGCAUGCCGGAGAUUUUGCUGGGUAUGAAUUACUUAUUACUAGAACCUAGGCUUCUCGCGGCCUGGGUGAGAAGGUCACAGAACCUCAAAUUAUGCUUACAGGGCAUGCGAAAUUCUGUUGCAUGCCAAUUUCAAUGCAAAACCUCUCUGGGGCCACCCCCUCUAUUACCAGUGAGCAAAUCAUUGACGAUAGGCAUGGGAAAAAUCCUUGCAUGCUAACCAACAUUGAAAACGUAGCAGAAAUGUCCUCAAUUGCUGAGUCAUGCCCUAGGGGAGGCUUUAAGGUACAGAAUUUCCUGACAUGGAUGAGGGAAUUUUCCGUAAACAGCAUGUGAUCAUGCCGGCUAGGACGUAUUCCCUCCGUAUUGCCCCCUUUUACAGCUAGCUAGGCUCAUUUUUAGGUUCCAUGGCCUGAAAUGACGAAAAAUUCAUGCCCUAAAUGUAAAAAGUCCAAAAACGUCCUCGAAAUUUUAGUUUCCAAGCCGUUAAUGUCAGAGUUGGUGUUUUAUGAUGUUAAGUAGAUUAUCAGUAUUAAAUGAUUUUGUCUCCUAGGCUGCUUAUCACAAUGCCAAAGCACAACUGUUGAAGCUGCAGCUACAAAAUAUCGGAUUAACAGAUGAAAAGGUAUUCUUUACUCAGUCAGUCUAAAAUACUUGCCGUGGACUGCAGUAUAAACGUAAACACUCUUGCGCCAAAAAAUUUAAGACUCUCAAUAAAAUAAACUAAAUUUUUACUUGUUAUAUGUUUUUUCUUUAGUCAUAAAUCGUCUUUUAGUUUUUAACCCUUCUAACCACCUUUUUAAACCCAGUCUGUAGUCUGUAGUCUGUAGUCCAUAUUUUAUACGAGUCUUUGGUCUGUGGACCAUGUUUUAUUCUGGCUCAUACUUUGUUAUGUUGUAUCCACUAACAAUUUUAUACUAGUUAUAGCUAUCGCUGAGUUCCAACGAACAAAGAUUUUACUUACACGCACGCGCUGUUGAAUUUGUUUAGAAAUGUCAUGAAAUGCAGCAAGAGCCAUAACAGGACAGCUGUCCUAUUAUGAUCUCUUAAAUGCAGUGAUUGAUGAAAAAUAGCCGCCUCUUAACAACAAUUUACUGCCGAGGUGAGUGCAAAGCAGUUUAUCAAGCGCCAGCUCCACACAACACAUGUGGGAGCUGUUGGCUAGGAACCGCACGGCAGUUCUCCCACGACAUGCGCGGGGAAGGCGGAUCAUGUUGUUGGUGUAUGUGUGCCCCUUGCUUUAAUUUGUCUUUCGAAAAUAGUGAACUAAACUGUUCUACUGCGUAAAGAAUUUGAAAUACCGACUUUACGCAGCAAAUUUUUCGAGAUAUUGAAGUAGGUGUUUUUGUCCGAAGUUGCGCACAAGUCAUUUUGCGUAUAAUUUAGUGGUCUUAAAAGCAACCUAAAAAUUCUCUUUUUAAGCUAAAAAACUUUAUGGUGCGCCAGUGAAGCCUUCCGAAUUAUUUUGCUUCAAAGACACAAAAGAUUUCGCUGCGUUAUUCUUUUUCUUAGCGGCUUGCAAUAAAAAAUUCCAGCGGGCCAAUGCGACAGAUAUCGCGUACGAUGGAACUGAUCCACCCGAUGAUUGGUUGAAGACCGGAUGAGCACGGGAAUUACAAACACGCCGACGGCUCGUGGAUUCUCUGAUCUGUAUCACGUGCUCGCUUGAAAACAAUGCAUUCUAUGUCCUGCAUUACGUCAUGGUUGCCUUACAUUACUCUAUGUUACAUCGACUCGAGAUUUUUCCUGCCCCUGGAGCAAUCGUGCACGGCCCUAUUAGCCUCGCGUCUUGGUGAGGCUGCUCUUUGGCAAAAAGUAGUACUGUAAAAUUAUUUCUCCUGAUAUAUGAGGUCUGUCUUGGCAUGAAAUAAAUUGCAUUCACGGUUUGAAGACACUUAGGGGAAAACUGACAGAAGUUUACCCCAGGGAUUUACAACUAAUGCUGUUUUAGCGGUUCAAAAUCAUCUGGUUUUUUUUCCCUUUUAUUCGCUGUUGACUGUUUGUUCUCAUUUUUUUUUUUUUUUUUUUUUUUUUUUUGGGGGAGGGGUAAUACACUGUACCUAUAAAAUUAAGGAAACUCAUAUUUUUGUUAUUAUGGGAUUACUUGUUACAUUUACUCAGUUUUCAGCAGUUCAUGUUGCAAUUUUGUUUUCAAGACUCAGGCAAUAGUGGAUCUGUGGACUUCUAAUGGAAAGUCUGUCGUAGAGAAGCUGAAGCAAAGAAGCCUGGCACCUAAACAGGUACAUGUAAUCAAUACACAUCAUUAAUAAAUUUCUUAUAGUCAUAAGUUCAUUACUUAAUUUAUGGAACUUUGUCAGGUGAUAAAAGCUUUAAUUUGUUUUGAAUAGCUUCAAGCAGUAAGCUGGAGGCUAAACCUGCAAAUGGCUCAAAGUAAUGCAACUAAAAUGAAACUGCCAAAUGCUAUGAUGGAGUUAAGUAUUGCAUCUGGACGCCAGGUAAGAACGCGCCUUGUAUCAUACUCACCUAAAGGUGAUUUAUAUGUUCUUUUUAAAAUUAAUAAGUAAGUAAGUAAGUAAACUGAUUACUUACUUACACUUGUACUUCUUUCCUUCCUUCCUUCCUUCCUUCCUUCCUUCCUUCCUUCCUUCCUUCCUUCCUUACUUACUAACUUGCUUAAUUUUUACGUAUUUACGUACUUACUUACUUUCUUACUUACUUACUUAUUUACGGACAUACUAAUUAUUGUUCCUUGAGACUUGUCAUUCUCCUGUUUUCAAAGUUUUGUCUACCUGGUUCUCGUAGCGUUUCUUGAUUCCUCAUGUUUCUCUGUGGAUCCGGUCAUUAGCUGGUAUAAAGGAUAAGUACAUCAAUGUACAUUCAACGACCUUUAAAUCUGGAAUAAGAAUAUGAUUCGAAUUUUCCUGGGAUAUAGUGGUUUUUUUUGUAAAGGAAGAUUUUCUGUUGUUCAAGUAAUGUCACAAUUAAUAAUACAAUCAACAUCACGGGAACAUAUGACCACAUAUUGACCAGCUCCCAACAUCAGUGGCUUCAUAGCUUAGUUGGCUGGAACGUCGCACCGGUAUCGUGAGGUCACGGGUUCAAAUCCCGUUAAAGUCCUGAAUUUUUUUCAGGCUUCUUACGCAAUUGCAUAAAUUGCGUUUACAACUGCGAGGAUCUUUCUUUACUUGACAAUCAACAUUGUUGUUAUGAGGAUAUUGCUUUGUUUAAGUGUGAAGAAAUUCUAGAAGAUGAUUUGUUAGUGGAGAUAAUAAAUUAUGUUUAAAGAAGACAAGGAAACUGUUCGCAUGAUGUUGGUUUGCCGACUUAUAUUUCCCUCUUCCCUGUUGCAAGGAAAUAUGCCAAAGAGUUUCCUCUCUGCGCUAGUAAUUUUUUCCUCCAUAUCGCCCUAUCGUCAUUGUUUAAGUGCUGUUUAUAGACCUGGUCACGGUUUUCGACGCCAUCUUGACGAGUAGGCAAACGUGUGAGAAAUUACGGUGUUUGUAUGAGAAUGUAAUGUUGAAUAAUUUCCGUAAAACGGCUGUUCUGAAAAAAAUAUCAAUUGUAAACUAAAGCUACAAAGCAAAGGAUUGCUGUUACGCCGCAAAAUGUAAUAAUCGCCGCAAAAUGUAAUAUUAACGCAAAAUGUAAUAAAGAAUCGCCGCAAAAUGUAAUACUAACGCAAAAUGUAAUAAUCUUUCGACGCAAAUUGUAAUAACUUUUCUAACGCAUAAUGUAAUAACGCAAAAUGUAAUAAUUUCCGAAAUAAGGACGUGCAUGCUAUUUCAUAAUCGGUAUUGUGGCUCAGUAAUCAGUAGCUGAUCUGGAUCUUCAUGUGAAUUAUUAUUAUUAUUAUUAUUAUUAUUAUUUUAUUAUUAUUAUCAAUAUUGAUAUUAAUAAUAGCAAUAAUAUUUAUUUUCUUCUUAUUAUUAUUAUUAUUAAUGAAAUAACGGUUGAAACGUCGUGUUACUUCCAUAACCCCAUAGGUCGCGGUUACAAUAUCUACUGGAAACAAAAAAAGCCACCAUUAAUGCCCUUUGAGGCUACAACUCGUCCGUUCAUAUUUUAUCACCGUUUCUGUUUUCCUAUGUAACAAUCAUAAUUAUCAUAUUAUACGCUAUUUCUCUUUUUUCGUUAACCAUCGUGCGUUAUAUGAGGGAAAAAUGUGAUGCUGUGAACAGCAUUAUAUUUUUGCCGUAUGAGACCCUUGAGUUACAUGGUUUAGUGUAUUUUAUAAUCGAUUCCUAAAUGUCAGCGAAUAAAAACGGUUAUGGUUGCGUUCCUUACUUUGAAGAUAAUAAAUGGUGUUCUGGUUCCGUAUGUACAUAAAUAGCGUUAAAUUAGCUCUACCCUUGCACUCUGAACUAAUGUUCAAAGAAAAUUUCAUAGCUACUCAUAGCGUUUUAUUUGUUUGAGUAGUCAGGGAAAUACUCACACCAGUAGUCAUCCAUUUCACCUCUAGAAACAUUUCCGGAAUUUUCAAUCUAACUAUUCUGUCUUUUGUAGCUUUAGACUAACAGAAAAUGUGCAAUAAUUUAAUAGAAGUUAGAGCUACAUAAUAUAUUACUCCUGUAUUGGGACUUGUAUUACGUUCAAAUCAGCGGAAACAAACGUCCCAUUCGGUUCCUUAAAGAUGAUUACAUCUCCUCAUUUCAACUGUUUCAUUGUAAUAUUAGCAAUAAUAAUAAUAAUAAUAACAAUAGCUAAUAUUAAUAUUAUUAAUAAUAUUAAUAUUAAUAUCAAUAAUAAUAAUAGCUUAUAAUUUAAUUGAAAAUCUGAAUUCGCUACCGAUGACUGAGCAACAAUGCUGAUAUUACAUUUUGCGUUAGAAAAGUUAUUACAAUUUGCGUUGAAAGAUUAUUACAUUCUGCGUUGAAAAUUUUAUUACAUUUUGCGUCAAUGUUAUUACAUUUUGCGGCGAUUCUUAUUACAUUUUGCGUUAAUAUUACAUUCUGCGGCGAUUAUUACAUUUCGCGGCGUAACAAUUGCACUUAAAAAUUUUGGGGACGUACCUGUGCUUAAAUUUCUCCAGAGGCUUGCUUUAGAUUUUCCAUAUAUUUGUCUGUAAUUUUUCCCGGGACUUUCUUACAGACAAAUGUAUAGAAAAUUUAAAAAAGUGGUUCUAGGUCUUCUAGCGCAUGUAACGCCCUCAAUUUUUUUCAGUAGAAUCCUUAGGAGUGAAGCUUUAGUUUACAAUUCAUAUUUUUUUCAGAACAGCCGUUCUACGGAAAUUAUUCGACAUUAGAUUCUCAUACAAACACUGUAAUUUUUCACGCGUUUGCCUGCUCGUCAAGAUGGCGUCGAAAACCGUGACAAGGUCUAUUGUCUUAUUCCAGAAUAAGGUCAGUAGAGAGCACCUUGGCCUUGAUCUUUUAGGACAUCGAUUGAUAUAAUUUUCUCAUAUUUCAGACACAAAUAGUUGACUAACUCAAGUCGUUUUCCUUUCAUCAUUCUAUAAAAAAGAGCCUCUUUAGCUUGCUCCUGGAAAGUAAAUGCAUACUUGAAAAAAAACUUUUUCUUUAUGAAGUGUAUAAUCUUUUUGGUGUCCCCUUUUCUGGGUAGUGACAAUUAUUUUGUUCAGUUCAAUAUAAAAGCUGCACUAGCCUUUAGAUUCUCAUACUGAAGACUAAUCUUCAACCUUGAAAAUCAGGAAACCGUUAAGUGAAUAAGUGUAUUGACCAUAGUCUUGAUCUUAUUUCAGGGUGUUAGGGAAAAAGUCCAUGUAGAAUUCACCCAUGAGGAAUUAUAUGCCCUUUAUAAUCAGGUCAGUGGUUAGGUACUGCUUUUGCAAUAAAUAAAACAGCUUGGAAAGAAGUACAUCUCACUUUCAGAUUUGGGUUGCUUUUGCACCUUUUACUCAAUAGUACUUUGACACGCGGCAAUGGAAAGCCCAGCCAUCAUAUUCAGUUGUUCAAAUUAUCAUCAUUAUUCAUAUUCUUGACUAUUGUUCAACACUGUUAUUUAUUUGUGUUUUUCUCCUGUGUAGCUGGAAAUCAUUCAGAGUCAGCUUGAUUCUCUCAGUUAAUCUGAACUGUUUUACACCUCAAGUUUGCUGUGUUGUUUGGAUGAGGUUUUCAAACGCCAUUCAGUGUGGCCUUGUUUCUUAAUCAUUCUAAAUCUUCGCCUGAUUUCUAAAAAGAAGGAGGACAGGACAGGAGGAGCGUUCUAUAUGCCAGCCUAAUAUUUAGAUCACAAGAAUUGAACAAAGAAAAUUAUGUGAAUUUAAUUGACAGACAUAUAUAAAGCUCAUUUAUAACUCAUAAAGCAGGAGCAAAGGACUUCCCUAGUGUGAAGGAAAUUUGCCAUCCAGGAUCUUCUUACUAUGACCAUGAAAUGUUUACUGAUUGUUUUUAUUUGUAUUGAAAUAAGAAAGUGCAUGUAUCUUAAGCACUUGAAACACUGUUUUAUCCGAUAUCCAGACACCAUGAUGUUACAAGUAAACAGGGACAAAAGUAGGUUGAGUUUGAUCGUCCGGGUGAACGUAGUCCUGAAUAGGACUGUUGUUGUUGACAGUUGUACUGUGGGUGCCGUUGUACUGUGGGUCCCCGACCUACCAGCUGUCUAAAAACUUACCUAACGUACUGAAACUGCUGACUGACGAAUCCAAACAAAAACUACAGUCUACUGAGAACUUUAUGGACGCCAUUAAGACAAUACAGAUACCGGACGACCACAAACUAGUGGCCUUUGACGUGCAAUCACUGUUCACCAGUAUUCCACUUCAACUGGCUCUAGACUGUACUGAGAACGCACUCAAGAACUCUACUGUUGAACUACCACUACCUACAGACGACAUUAUGGACCUGCUUAACCCCUGUUUGACGUACUUUAAGUACAACGGCAAACACUACAAACAGUUACAGUAA